AUGGCUGCACGCGGAUCCUUGUCCGAUUGUCGUACGCCAGAAGAAAAAGCCGCCGCCAGGCGCAAGCUGGAGCGCAUGAUGGACCCCGCCGACGCGGGAAACCUGGAAGGCAUUCAGAAGCGGAGAACCACCAGCGCCGAAAGCCGGGAGGCAGGCUGCGCAUGGGAACAGCAGUACUACCAAGGCGUCAGCUCUUCCAAAUUCCCUGGAUUGGGGUGUGGUCUCUAUGCAUUCGGGACCCCGCGCGUACCUUUUCAAGCGCCCUUUACCUGCGAUGGCAGGUUCGAAGUCAUGUCAGGACUCGGCGGACCUCGAAGCGGCUCCAUCCGCUUUUGCGGCCCGAAGGACUACUGGGGCGUCACUAAACCCCCCUUUCCUAGGCUUGACGCAAUCUUCAUGUUGCCAUUCAGGCAUGUUGUCAUCAUCGUUCCUACAGGCGCGGUAGGCGCGUCUUCUGUGAAGAGAGAAUACCCUCAGAUCAUCUCGUUCAGCUGGCCAGAUAAGGCGGCGGAUAAGGACCUGCAUAGCCAUGAGGCUGCAAACCCUGAGAAAGACACUUACCUUUUCGUAUUCGUGAGGGCUAUGAACGAUCAUCUUAAGCCGUUCAACAAAGCUGUGAUUGACCUCACCUCCGAUACUGGAAGAUGGUCUGUGAUUGAGCAGGCCGCAAUCUUGUCACCACCGACGGAUUCGAGGGUCAAAGCUAAGACCAGAGGCCAGCUGUGCCUCAUGGAUCAAGGCAUACUCUUCAACUCCCAAUCGCACAGAGUUUACCUGUUUUUCGAUUCGGUGGAGAAAGCGAUGACCAUCCUUGCUCACGACAUGAAAAACGAGGGCAAGGUCGCCGGCCUAAAUUUGAUUUUCAGCGCGACAGAGCCAUUCUACAACGCUGAGGAAGAAGAGACUGAAAGUCAGACUCUGAUCAAGUUUGUUCAAGUCGACCAUACGCUUCUGGAUGAUAUCAAGAAUUACAUGAAGCAGCACAGGGUCGAGUUGAUGCUGUGUGAGCAGUCAUUCUAUGAUUAUGAGAAUGAUGUGCCAGCAACUGGUUUCAUGCCGAUGAGAUGA